AUGGGGAAAUCCUUCGCCAACUUCAUGUGCAAGAAGGACUUUCAUCCUGCCUCCAAAUCCAAUAUCAAAAAAGUAUGGAUGGCAGAACAGAAAAUAUCAUACGAUAAGAAGAAACAAGAAGAAUUAAUGCAGCAAUAUCUUAAAGAACAAGAAUCAUAUGAUAAUAGAUUGCUUAUGGGAGAUGAACGUGUAAAGAAUGGCCUUAAUUUCAUGUAUGAAGCCCCACCAGGAGCCAAGAAAGUGUAUACAGUAGACUUUUGUGUUGACAUUUUUAACUUGUUAUACCUUUUUUCUUCCAUAUUUUUGAUAUGCAAUCAAGAAAAUAAAGAGAAAGAAGAAACAGAGGGAGAGACUGAAUACAAAUUUGAAUGGCAGAAAGGAGCCCCACGAGAAAAAUAUGCCAAAGAUGACAUGAACAUCAGAGAUCAGCCCUUUGGUAUUCAGGUUCGAAAUGUGAGGUGCAUUAAAUGUCACAAAUGGGGUCAUGUUAACACAGAUCGAGAGUGUCCUUUGUUUGGUCUUUCUGGAAUCAACGCAAGUUCGGUUGCCACUGAUGGCUCAGGGCCAUCGAUGCACCCCUCGGAGCUAAUAGCGGAGAUGAGAAACAGUGGGUUUGCACUAAAACGAAAUGUACUGGGGAGAAACUUGACCGCAAAUGAUCCAUCACAGGAGUAUGUUGCAAGUGAGGGUGAAGAAGAUCCAGAAGUUGAAUUUUUAAAGUCACUAACAACCAAACAAAAACAGAAACUUCUCAGGAAGUUAGAUCGACUGGAGAAGAAAAAAAAGAAAAAAGAUCGAAAAAAGAAGAAAAAGCUUCAGAAGAGCAGAAGUAAACACAAAAAACAUAAAUCCUCUUCCUCUUCCUCUACUGAGACUUCAGAAAGCAGUAGUGAGAGUGAGAGUGACAAUAAAGAAAAAAAAAUAGAAAGGAAGAAGAGAAAGAAAAGCAAGUGUUCAGUGCAGAACAGCAGUGAUUCUGAAGAGAAGUCUAAGAAGAGAACACUUCAUGAAGAACUUUCCAGCAGUCACCAUAACAAGGAAAAAGCCAAGGAAAAGCCCAGGUUCUUAAAACACGAGAGUUGUAGGGAGAACAGCAAACGGAGCCAUUCCAAUUCUGACAAAAAGUCCAGAAGCUGUAAUCAUAGCCCAGAGAAGAGAGGCUCUGAAAGAAAUGAAGGGAGUGGCAGAAGCCACGGCAGGGAUGAAAGGAGCAGGAGAAGCCGGAGCAGAAGUCCUGGUAGUUAUAAGCAAAGGGAGUUAAGAAAAUGGCCACAGCGAAGUCCCACUGAAGAGCAAAGUAGAAGAAAUGACACCAGAAGCCAUGGCGUAGAUGUAUACAGAGGGGGAAAAACGUACAGAGAGCACCCAGGAGAUAAGCAUGCUAAAGUGACACAAAGAGAAUGAAGCAGAAGUAGAACGAGAAGAAAGAAAGACUGUAUGUGACAGUUACCUGGGAAUAAAAUAUCUCCACAUUUUUAUUAAAUACCUUUAGCAAGGGCUAAAUUAUGUACUAUUGUCUUUCUAAUAAAAAAACCUCAAUUUUAACUUUUCAUCUCUGUAAACUGUCAAGUCAAGUACAAAACUACAUGAGUACCAUAAGAACAAAUUUUGCAAAUAUUUGUAAGUAAGCUAUUUUGGGACUAGAAAUAUUUUCUGUUGGUAACUGUUUCUUGUGCCAUAUACCAGAUAAAAACUGCAUAUAACUCUGUGACAUUUUCUUUGUUCUGAAACAUCAUUAAAAGAAUGACAGUACAUUGAA